CAAAACUGGCAACUCUCCUUCAACUGCCAAACGUUGUCACUGGGUGGCUCUGACAGCGAGAGGACAUGCCAGAGGGAAACGAGUAGAAGCUUGGGAAUUCUCAACACUUUGUCAUGGGCCCUCGGGGGUCGAGCAAGUGCCACCGCCGCUACUAGUCGAGCAGAAGAGGAGGGAAGACAGACGGGUGGAAGCAAGACUUACACAAGCAGAAGGCUUCUUAUAAGCAACGGGGACACACAGUCCACGGUCCAAAAGCAGAAAAAAAAAAAAAAAAAAAAAAAAUCAGCGUGGCUUUUCGCCACCAGCGAGCACAGCAAGAAGAGCAUCCGCCGUCCGUCGACCUCUUAGGGCCAGCGAGAUGAAGAGACCUCACGACUUCAGCUCCGAGUCGGACACGGACGAGCUGAUCGAUGUGGGACAAGAGGACGGCUACUGCCCAGUCACCGGCUCCAUGUCCCCUGGCAGUGCAUCACAGAUUCUGGCCCGAAAGAAGAGAAGAGGGAUCAUUGAGAAGAGGCGCAGGGACCGAAUCAACCACAGCCUCUCGGAGCUAAGAAGGCUGGUGCCAAGCGCUUUUGAGAAACAGGGCUCUUCGAAGUUGGAGAAAGCCGAGAUUCUGCAAAUGACUGUCGACCACCUCAAACUUCUUCAUGCUAUGGGAGGGAAAGGUUACUUUGACGCGAGGGCUUUGGCAGUGGAUUACAGGACUCUGGGCUUCAGGGAAUGCGUUGGAGAGGUGGUGCGGUACCUCAGCUCCCUGGAAGGAGAGACCCCGGACCCGAUCGGGGCACGCCUGGUCACCCAUCUCUCCCACUGUGCAAGUGAGCUGGACCCAUUGAUUCUUCAGUCGCACCCAACCUCCGCUUUGCCCUUCCCUCCUUGGCCCUGGAUGUCCUUCCCCCAGAUGUCCGCCUCCCUGCCGGCCUCGUCCUCACCGCCGUUCCCCACCGGACGGAGGGAACUCGCCUUGAUGGGGAGUUACCCGCCGGCCGCAACCCUCCGCCUCGCGCCGCUGGCCGGCUGCCAGCGGGGGUUGCCGCCCCUCCUUGCCCCCAAUGCCCUGGCGACAGUUCACAGGCUGCCAUCCCCAGCGGGGUCCCCAUCGUCGGGUCCACACAGGCCGACGCAGGCGUCCCCUCGCAGCACUUCCAGAAACUCGCCUCUUCCUCCCGCCCCUUCCUCUUCCUCUCCAACCACCGGACCACCCCUCGCGUCUUUCAGACCGUUUGCACCUCUGGCUUCUUCCGCGAUCCAACAUAGGGUCUUGAGUGGAUCAGCCAAGUCAGCCCAAGGAUGGGCGACUGAAAUUGGAGCUUUUUGAGGACCUUUUUGUAAACCCGAAAGAACUAGACGAGGGAUACUAACUUCCCUUGUAAAUGAUGCAAGCAAAUAAUGAACAUUUAAGGACUGUCUGUUUUUUUAAAUGACUCUACAAGCCAUAUCCGACUGAAUGUUUCUGAUAAUCACAAACUAAAAGUGUCGAGGAACAAAGAAGACAUUUGUGUGCAAAUGGCCGAUUUGGAUUAUCCAAUUGACCGCUGUCCACCAGAGCCAUAUGUGUAUGUUUU